GUUGUUGCGCAUGCGCCUUGCUGCCCACCUUCUGUCCGCGCAGAUCUCUGCAGGGAGAGGUUGUGUCUUCAUUCUUUCCACCAUUUUGAUUUUUUCUCACUGACUGAGACGCAGCUGUGGGAAAUAUGAGUGAGCUUGUAAGAACAAGAUCCCAAUCCUCAGAAAGAGGAAAUGACAAAGAGUCUUCCCAACCAGUUGGAUCUGUGAUUGUCCAGCAGCUCGCUGAGGAAAAACGUCAAGAAGAAGAAACACCAACUGAAAAUCAGGGUAUUGCACCUAGUGGGGAGAUCGAAAAUGAAGGAGCACCUGCUCUUCAAGGGCCUGACAUGGAAGCUUUUCAACAGGAACUGGCUCUGCUUAAGAUAGAGGAUGAGCCUGGAGAUGGUCCUGAUGUCAGGGAGGGGACUCUGCCCACUUUUGAUCCCACUAAAGUGCUGGAAGCAGGUGAUACGCAAUGAUAGGUUUACACCAAGA